GGUUGUAUCUCCCGCUUGUAGGGGUUCAAAGUAUUGAAUAUUAUUUUGGUACUUUGUUUCUCCUUCCCCCAAAAGCCCAAGUCAGUCAGUCAGAUCUUCUUCUUCUUCUUCCCUGGAUCGAUCGUAAACCCUAGGCGAAUGGAGUCUUUGGGCAAUGGGACAUUGGAUGUUUCAGUCACCAAAAAAUUCGGGCAGCGGGUCCAGAAGAAGGAAUCUGAGGAGAAGAAAAGAUGCAGUCCGCGGCUAAGAGAAAUCCAUGAGAGUAAAAGACCUUAUUACGGGCCCCCUCGCAAACACCACCCACCAAUUCUUUUGGAGGGCCUGGAUGCUGCUGCUGAAACUCCUUCCGCUCAAUUGAGUGCAUUUUCUUAUGUGCCUCAUACCCGAACUGAUAAAGCAAGGGUCAAAAAAGCUCUUAGAAUAUACAACAAAUAUUACCUUCACUUUUUUCAGCAGGAAGAAUAUGCAUGUGAAAAUGACACCAUACCACUUGCAAAACAUCUUGAUCUCAAGCAGAAAGAGGGUGUAUGUGAAAUUGGGGGUAAGCGUCCUGAUUUGAAGGCCAUCUCUAAGAUGAUAGAGUGUAAUGAAGUCUUGUUUCCUACAAAAAGAUUUGGUCACUUGCCUGGUAUUGAUGUCGGUUAUCAGUUUUAUUCACGAGCAGAAAUGGUUGCUUUAGGUCUUCAUAGUCACUGGCUUAAUAGCAUUGAUUAUAUGGGAGUAUCUUGCAAAAUAACGAAUAACAAUUUAUAUCACUAUCUCCUUGUACAGGAGGAGUUCAAAGGGUACACUUUUCCAAUAGCCAUAGCUAUUGUAUUAUCUGGUGAAUAUGAAGAUAACUCUGAAGAUAUUGUUUAUACUGGUGAAGAUGGAAAUAGAUUUACGGGUAGUGAACAUCAAGAGAUGUCAUGUGGUAAUUUGGCUUUAAAGAACAGUAUGAAACAAUCUAUACCUGUCAGGGUUAUUCGGGGUCAUGCAGGUGACAAUCACUUGAAAAUAUACACUUAUGACGGCCUCUACAAGGUUUCUGAAUGCUGGCCUGCAGAAGGUGUGUCUGGUUUUGUUGUAUACAAGUAUCUCCUGAAACGGCUUGAAGGACAGCCUAAAUUGACAAGCAAUCAGGUCGAGUGUAGCAAUGGGCGUUCAAGGGUUCCUGCCAAAGCGCCCCUGAUGGUGUGCCUGGAUAUAAGUGAAGGUCAAGAAGAUGUGCAUAUACCUGUUGUCAAUACAAUUGAUGAUACCACUAUUACUGGAUUUACGUAUACCAAGUAUAACCAAAUUUUGAGCAAUCUGAAACUCCCUCCAAAUGCGGAUGGAUGUGAUUGCAAAGGAUCUUGUAAAAAUCCCAAGAGGUGUUCUUGUGCUAGACUUAACGGUGUUGAUUUUCCAUAUGUACGAAGCAACGGGGGGAGAUUGAUUGAAGCAAAGGACGUUGUGUUUGAAUGUGGACCAAACUGCGGAUGUGGACCUGGUUGCAUCAACCGCAUAUCGCAGCAAGGGAUAAAAUAUCAACUUGAGGUUUUCCGUACUAGUGAUAGAGGGUGGGCUGUGAAGACCAAAGACUUUAUCCCAUCAGGUGCACCAGUAUGUGAAUAUAUUGGAGAGCUUAGGAGGACAAAUGAGCUGGACAGUGUUGCUGAAAAUGACUAUAUAUUUGAAAUUGAUUGCUGGCAAACGAUCAAGGGGAUCGGAGGAAGAGAGAGGAGGCUGGGAGAUGUAUUUGACUUGGGAAGAAGAGAUGAAAAGGAAUUUGCUGAGCCUGAGUUUUGCGUAGAUGCGGGGCGUAUUGGUAAUGUUGCGAGGUUCAUCAACCACAGCUGUGAUCCAAACCUUUUUGUACAGUGUGUUUUAAGCUCACACCAUGACUUAAAACUAGCAAGAAUAGUUCUGUUUGCUUCUGAUGAUAUAGCCCCCAUGCAGGUAGGAACUUACAUAUGACUACGGUUAUGCCCUUGAUAGCGUUGUAGACAAGAAUGGGAAGGUAAGGAUGCUGCCAUGUCAUUGUGGGACUUCAGAAUGUAGAAAGAGAUUGUAUUAAGGAUGAUGAUCAUGAUGAUGCUUCUUCUAUCUUUUGUAUUGCUACUGCCAUCAUUUAUGUUAACUGUAGACUGGCUGGCUGGCUAUCCAUUUAUUUAUUUUAUCCUA